AUGGCGCUCCCAAGCACCACCGCCAGCGCCUCCGCAAUCCGAGAAUACCUCCGCGACAUCCUCGUCACGCGCUACGACGCCGCACUUCGCGACGCGAGCGCGGAUGGCUUCGAGACCCUUUUCGGCGCCGGCAUUAGCGGCGUGCUGUACAAGGCCGUGCUCGAGGAACGGUGA